AUGCUUCCGAUCGUCUUGGUUGUUACCGCUGGACUUGCUGCUUGUUGUUGUAUAGCCGUGGUUUGUUACCUUGCCUCCGGACAAAAGGCGUCAAGGGUGCAAGACGAGGAAGCUGCACUGCAAACUCCUCCGCCAUCACCCAAGGCUUUGAAGCAGGCUAUGGCCAUGACCCCCAGAGAGAGGGAAAUCAUGCUCGAGAAUUGGGUGAAUGAACUGCCCUUUCAGCUUCAGCCGGCGGCGCCGGUGGAGCCACGGGAUGCCGGCCAGAUGCAGCCGGCGGAUCAGGGGGACCUUCACGCGUUGACGGUGGACGUUGGCUUCUGGGAUUGGGCGAAGGAAUGGUCGCACGCGGGCUGUGCGCAAGACCUGCCGGACCCCGCAGCGAAGGUGAUCGAGACGGAUUUCGCGCUGGCAGAAAUACCAGGCUUCGACCGCCACGAGCGCAGCUCGCGCAGAAGUAGUCGAGAGAUCAGCAAGGUGGUGAGUGGCCGAGCGGACUCCCCUGCCCUGCGUUUGACUGAUGCUGAGGAACAGCCAGCCUUGACGAAUUCGUAG